GGGUGGCUUCUGCCCGGGCGGCUGUCGUAGACGCGGGCGGCUGUCGAGUGCGGCGGCUGUUGGUUCGCGGCGGCGGCGGCGGCGGCGGGAAGAGGGCGAGGCGACGGGGGAAGGAGGCGGCAGGCGCGGCGGUGACGGCGGGGUCCGGGGCCCGCGGCGGCGGCGGCGGCAGCGGCGAGGGGGGCGAAGAUGGCGGACGUGCUCAGCGUCCUGCGACAGUACAACAUCCAGAAGAAGGAGAUCGUGGUCAAGGGGGAUGAAGUGAUCUUCGGGGAGUUCUCCUGGCCCAAGAACGUGAAGACCAACUAUGUGGUCUGGGGGACUGGAAAGGAAGGCCAACCCAGAGAGUACUAUACAUUGGAUUCUAUCUUGUUUCUCCUUAACAAUGUGCAUCUUUCGCAUCCUGUUUAUGUCCGGCGUGCAGCUACUGAAAAUAUCCCUGUGGUUAGAAGACCUGACCGAAAAGACCUACUUGGAUACCUCAAUGGGGAAGCAUCAACAUCAGCAAGCAUAGACAGGAGUGCCCCCUUGGAAAUAGGUCUUCAGCGGUCUACUCAAGUCAAAAGAGCUGCAGAUGAAGUUUUAGCAGAAGCAAAGAAACCACGAAUUGAGGAUGAAGAGUGUGUGCGCCUUGAUAAAGAGAGAUUGGCAGCUCGUUUGGAAGGCCAUAAAGAAGGGAUCGUGCAGACUGAACAGAUUAGGUCUUUGUCUGAGGCCAUGUCAGUGGAAAAAAUUGCUGCAAUCAAAGCCAAAAUUAUGGCUAAGAAAAGAUCUACUAUCAAGACCGAUCUAGAUGAUGAUAUAACUGCCCUUAAGCAGAGGAGUUUUGUGGAUGCUGAGGUAGAUGUGACCAGAGAUAUUGUCAGCAGAGAGAGAGUGUGGAGGACAAGAACAACUAUUUUACAGAGCACAGGAAAGAAUUUUUCAAAGAAUAUUUUUGCAAUUCUUCAAUCUGUAAAAGCCAGAGAAGAAGGGCGUGCCCCUGAACAACGGCCUGCUCCAAAUGCAGCCCCUGUGGAUCCUACUUUGCGUACAAAACAGCCUAUUCCAGCUGCUUACAACAGAUAUGACCAAGAAAGAUUCAAAGGCAAAGAAGAAACGGAAGGCUUUAAGAUUGAUACUAUGGGCACCUAUCAUGGCAUGACACUGAAAUCUGUAACGGAAGGUGCAUCUGCUCGUAAGACUCAAACUCCUGCAGCCCAGCCUGUACCUAGACCAGUGUCUCAAGCCAGACCCCCCCCAAAUCAGAAGAAAGGGUCACGAACACCCAUUAUUAUUAUUCCUGCAGCUACUACUUCUUUAAUAACUAUGCUUAAUGCAAAAGACCUUCUACAGGAUCUGAAAUUUGUCCCAUCAGAUGAGAAGAAGAAACAGGGUUGUCAACGAGAAAAUGAAACACUAAUCCAGAGAAGAAAAGACCAGAUGCAACCAGGGGGCACAGCAAUUAGUGUCACAGUACCUUACAGAGUAGUAGACCAGCCCCUGAAACUUAUGCCUCAAGACUGGGAUCGAGUUGUGGCUGUUUUUGUACAAGGUCCUGCUUGGCAGUUCAAAGGUUGGCCAUGGCUUCUCCCUGAUGGAUCACCAGUUGACAUAUUUGCGAAAAUUAAAGCCUUCCAUCUCAAGUAUGAUGAAGUUCGUCUAGAUCCAAAUGUUCAAAAAUGGGAUGUAACAGUAUUAGAACUCAGCUAUCAUAAACGUCACUUGGACAGACCAGUUUUCUUACGUUUCUGGGAAACACUGGAUAGAUACAUGGUAAAGCAUAAAUCCCACUUGAGAUUCUGAAUCAUUUAAUUCCUCCUUUUCUGAAACCUUGGAUUAAGAAGCAUGGAUAUAGCUUGAUCUACAGACUGAAACCAAGCUUUAUGAAUUCAUCAAGAACUUAUAAAUGAAGAAGGGCACAGAGUGGUCUUUUGUAAGACCUUGUUUGAUGCUGUGUGCUUCAAAGGGGCAAUGCCUCCCAUCCAUACAAGCAAACUUUUUUGGCUUACAACUAUUUUUUUAAUAUUAGCCUUCUAGUCUGUAAUGGAAAUUGUAUAUUUUGAUAGAAGUUUUUUCUCUAUUGGUUAAAUUAGCAUUACUUAAAAUUUGUUUCUUUAGAAAUAAAUACAGGUUAUAAAUGUGUGUAUAUUUAGGAGUUAUUAGGCUCUUCAAGCCAUCUUGCUUCUGAUUUUUCAUUGCUCUGUGGUUCCUUUUACUGGAAAAUACUGUCAUGAUGGUAUUAAAUUUUAGACUAUUGAACUUCAAAACCCUAUCAAAGGGAAGAACUAUUAAAUCAGUUGAAAGUCAGCCUGUGUGUAUACUAUGUCUAUACUAACUCAUGUUUAAAAAGGAAUAAUGAAAAAUCAAGAACAAGUCUUCAGUUUCAGUUGAACUGUUCAGCCUCUUCAAGAUUUCUUUUGUAAAUGAAUACAUUUAAUGAAUGUACAUUCUCUUUGUUGACUUUGAUGAUUUUAAACUUAAAGUGAUAUAUUUCUAUCUGGAAUACAUUUCCACUUGAAAAGAAAUCUUAAAAAAAACAAAGAUUAAAGUGAAAUAGACUGUAGUGAUUUUUACUUGGGAAGCUAAAGUAUGAUUUGGGGGAAUGAGUAUGUGUCAACAUAGUUACAGUGUAACUUGAACCUCUUCUAAGUCUAUGAUUCUUAUUUUAUAUGCGAUAAGAUUUUGAGUCUUCUAUUUGUACACAUGUCAACUUGGGACUUCUUAUCUUACAUUAUCCCUAAAUAAUGAUAAAUUCCCAGGCACCAAAGAACACAUUUGCUUACGUGUCUGAAAAGAAACAAGAUAAAAAACACUGGUAUUUUUA